AUGUCAAAGACCCAUUCCGAACUAUUGAGUCUUAUCGAUUCAUAUCAAGAAGCUUUGGAAUACUGGACAAAAUGUUUAGAGCCUUCCAGCAAAGAGUUAUCUCAGAUAAAGGCUGCCAAAGUUGAUGAUCCAUUAGAGGAAUUAUCUAAGUUGUCUAAACUAAUCAAAGCACAUACGACCAAAGUUGGUAUUAUAUUCAAACCCGAAACUUUAAAGAACCAAAACGACGCUGCUUUUUCGACAUUGCUGAAACUUUCUGAAACCAUAAUUUUAAUAGUGUCUAUUAUACCUCAAUUGGAUUCUAAAAAAUUGUCACAAAUUUAUCAAGAUGAAUUAGUGAAUGUACUUAGACUGAUCAUCCAUGCAAACGUCAAUUUAGCGAAAGAAUUGAGAAACUUAUCAAGUGAAGAUAGCAAUGAAAAUGAAAGUAAUGAUCGUUUAAUAUCGGUCGGGCAAAUAUGGUCAAGCUGUGAUGAAUUACUGUUAUUAAUUCAAAAGGCACCAUUGGGAUAUCUUUCUGAUAAAACAAAACAAACUAUAUCGUUAAUAGAAGACGGAUUAGAAGAGUUUGAAGAAUGGGCUGAAAAUCCAGAAGAUUUCGAUGAUGAAGAUCCGUUUGGAUUCAGUGAUGACGAAAGUGACGAUGAAGAAGAAACCCCGGCUGAUUCAAAAGACGAGGAAGAUGAGCCAAAAGAUAAAUCAAAAUUAAUAGAAUAUUCAAAGAAAUGGUUAUCAAAAAUUAAGUUGAUCAAACUAUUGCUUAAAUCAUUAGCCAAAUCCUUACCGUCGAGUACCCCCGGUACUCAAAUUGACAAUAUAUAUCAAGUGGAACGUCAAUUGGUGAAAUCCGUUGAUCAAAUAAUUGUUGAUUUGAUGCUUGAUCAACAAGUUGAUGAAGAAACUGAAGAAUACGCUACUCAAAUUGACAAAGCAUGUGCAAAGAUUGUCAAAAUUGUUAAACAGGCUAAUUCUAAUGAAAGUAAAAUUAAAUGGUGUAACGAUUGGCAUAGUAAGUACAAUGAAUAUAUUUAG